AUGAGAGUUCGUGGAACCGAUGCGGGCAGAGCGGGAAAGGCCAACGUGCGACAGAUUAAAGGUGCACCGACUUGUAAUUCUUGCUCGAUUUCCCAUCUGGGGCACAGUCUUUUGACAUUUCAAGAAAUAAUCGCGACAGGAAGAUGGCGCGGUUUUCGUCUUUCGCCUUUGGAACGAUUCGUUCUUCGUACGCGACGCAACGUGAGAAUGCUCGAUUCCUUCGUUCCGAAAACAAUUAGGUUCCCCUCGAGAGUGAAUUUCAAUAUCACGAACGAGAGACGAGCAACUGUGUUGAACGUUGUUGGAUCGGCUGCUGAAUUUCAGCCUUAGGUAGAAAAUAAUAUUUCUUUACUCGGAGAUCUGUUUGUAUUUACGUCGCGUUGUAAAUAAAAGGGAUUUAGCAAUUAGAGCCAGACAGAUUCUUCAACGAAGAAUCUCUGACUAAACAGACAAUUUCAAAUCGAUUCAGGUCAUUCCUCCAUUUCGUUCUUUUCUACUUUUCCAACCCUUUUCACUUUCUUUUCUAUUUUCACUCUUUCUCAGUCCUCGCUUCUCGCCUCUUUUCGUAUAGAUAGCAGCAUCGAUAUCAUUCACUUUACAACUUUCAAUAAAAACGAGAACUGAUCCCUAUAUUAAAUCGUUCGCUCUGUUAACGUCCCCUGUGAACCGAAACGAUGAUCCCAACCCGUGCAGAAGCGAUUUGGCAGAAACUUAUGCAAAAUGUAACCUGGCUCGGUUUCAGUCGGCACUGAAAACGUCGGGUGCUAAGCUGAGGAAUGGAGGGAACGUGGCAGUGGGAGCAGCGAAAGCACUGCCAUAUCAUUCUGCUCAACCCUUUGUCGUACGUAAAGGAGAACCCGGAACAGGCUGCAGGUUGAAAAGACGUGUCUGUAGUAAUCCCGCUAUCGGGACAUAUGAUUUUAUACACGCGCGAAAAACACGUUUUGCAGAUGAACGAAAGCAGCUACAAGGUAGUCUCUGCAAGGAAGAAGAAGACAGCCUGAAGAAGAGGAGUCGCGUGCCGGGUCUGUAG